AUGUUAGAUAAGCAAGAAAAGCAUUAGAGAUUCCUUGAAUUCCUCACAAGAUAUGACUUGAUCGACCCUCCACUUCAUGAAAGAGGGAUAAAAUAAGCUCAGUUGCAGUAAAACUUAGUAAAUAUAUUUGACUACAGAUUGGUAUUUGUGAGUCCUCAUAGAAGGACUAUUAUGACUGCUAUAACCAUAUUCUAAUCAUAUUUUACUGUUAGUGAGAGACAUCAUUAGUCUCUAAGGUUUAUACUGCUACCUCUAGCUAAGGAGGUUUUAAAUAAUUCAAAUGACCUCGUGAUGACCUAUGAGGAAUUGAAUGACUAUACUAACAAGAUUUCUAUUGAAAAUCCUUAUAUAACCUUCGACUUUAGCUAUUUUGAAGAAUAUAAAGAGCCUUGUUAUUCUACAUGGCUUUAUCAAAUACUAACAAAUUAGGAAAAAAGACUGAAUCUCAUCAGCAAGUUCAAAGAGUGUCCUGAUGCAAAAAAGAUUGGCAUACAAUAGAUAAUUGAAAAUAAUGGAAGAUGCAUUGAGACUCUUGAUGAGAUAUAUGAUCGAUCGUAGCUGCUCAAAGCAUUACUAAAUAAGAUUAUUUUAUAAGAAUAAGAGAGAAAGCAAUUAGCCAGCAAUGAGAAAAUACUAGUUGUUUCACAUUCAAGGAUGAUGACAUCAUUUUUCUCUGAAGGUUUUGAUAUGAAGAGAAAUCAGACAAUUAACUCAAGACAUUAUGAUAAUUGUGAGAUAGUUCCAUACUAUAAUGAUAUUAUUAGAAGUGAGACCGAUAGUAUAAUAAACUGA